CAGACUACAACGCCCAGCAUACAGCGCGAUGGCUCACGAACAUCCUUUCGCUUUUCAUUCGUUAGAAAAUCAUAUCAGAGGAACGGUAUAGGCAAAUUUCCAUCCACUGCGUCGCGGGAAAUGUAGUCUUUAGAGUGUACUUCCUUCCGUUGAACGUGGGGGCUGCAUGCGAAUGUUUCCUACAGGAUACCUUCUGUGCCUAAAGCGCUGUUUCAGGAAAGCGCACCACUCCAGGCUGGGAUUUCAAGCUCAAGAAUUACGUUGUACCUUUAAUUAUCCCAUGAAGUACAUCCUGGUAACUGGUGGUGUCAUCUCAGGCAUCGGGAAAGGAAUUAUUGCAAGCAGUAUUGGCACCAUUUUGAAAUCAUGUGGUCUACGAGUUACUGCAAUCAAAAUAGAUCCUUAUAUUAAUAUAGAUGCUGGAACCUUCUCUCCAUAUGAGCAUGGUGAAGUUUUUGUAUUAAAUGAUGGUGGAGAAGUUGACCUAGACUUGGGAAACUAUGAAAGAUUCUUAGAUAUUAACCUUUACAAGGAUAACAACAUCACCACUGGAAAGAUCUAUCAGCAUGUCAUCAAUAAAGAGAGGCAUGGGGAUUACAUGGGAAAAACAGUUCAAGUUGUUCCACAUAUUACGGAUGCUGUUCAAGAAUGGGUAAUGAAUCAGUCAAAAAUUCCUGUGGAUGGUGAUAAGAAAGAACCACAGAUAUGUGUAAUUGAGCUGGGUGGAACUAUUGGAGAUAUUGAAGGAAUGCCCUUCAUAGAAGCUUUCCGACAGUUUCAGUUUAAGGCCAAAAGAGAGAACUUCUGCAAUAUCCAUGUCAGCCUUGUACCACAGCCUAAUGCUACUGGAGAACAGAAAACAAAGCCUACUCAGAAUAGUGUUCGGGCUUUAAGAGGACUUGGUCUUUCUCCUGACUUGAUAGUCUGCAGAAGUACUAAACCUAUAGAAAUGGCUGUGAAAGAAAAGAUCUCCAUGUUUUGCCAUGUGGAACCUGAACAGGUCAUAUUCAUCCAUGAUGUUUCUUCAACUUACCGAGUGCCUAUUCUGCUAGAAGAGCAAGGCAUAAUUAAAUAUUUUAAAGAGAGGUUGAAUUUGCCAAUUGAUGAUCAACCAAGUUGUCUUCUUUUCAAAUGGAAAAAUAUUGCGGAUAGGUAUGAAAGGAUGCUGAAGACAUGUUCUGUAGCUCUGGUUGGCAAGUAUACGAAAUUGAGUGAUUGCUAUACGUCCGUUUUCAAGGCGCUAGAACAUUCAGCUCUAGCAAUUAACCACAGACUCGAUUUAAUGUAUAUAGACUCAACAGACCUUGAAUAUAAUACAGAGAUUGAUAAUCCAGUGAAAUUCCACCAAGCCUGGCAAAAACUAUGCAAAGCAGAUUGCAUAUUAGUUCCGGGAGGUUUUGGACAUAGAGGAACUGAAGGAAAACUUCAAGCCAUUUUAUGGGCAAGAAAAAAGAAAAAGCCUUUUCUUGGAGUUUGCUUGGGAAUGCAACUGGCAGUAGUGGAGUUUGCAAGAAACUGUCUAAACUGGCAAGAUGCAAAUUCUACAGAAUUUGACCCAAACACAAAGAAUCCUGUUCAGGAGUCUGUUAAAGAUGUAAUGUCCAGGAACACAUCUACUCCGUUAACUGAGGUAAUUGACAUGCCCGAACAUAAUCCUGGAGACAUGGGAGGAACAAUGAGACUAGGAAAAAGGAAAACUGUCUUUAAGACAGAGAACUCUGUCUUAAGGAAACUCUAUGGUGAUGUAGUUUUUGUGGAAGAACGGCACAGGCAUCGCUAUGAGGUGAACCCUGAGUUGACUCACUUCUUUGAAGAUAAAGGUUUGAGAUUUGUUGGCCAUGACACUGAAGGGAAAAGAAUGGAGGUCAUUGAACUGAAUGAUCAUCCAUAUUUCAUUGGGGUCCAGUUCCAUCCAGAAUUUUCCUCAAGACCUAUGAAGCCCUCACCCGCCUACCUUGGUCUUUUGCUUGCUGCAACAGGGUCACUCAGUGCAUACUUGCAACAUGGAUGUAAAUUGUCUCCUAGUGACAGCUAUGGCGACCUUAGUGAUGACAGUUUUCCAGAAAAAGAACUUCCUGAAUCAGAAACAAGCUGAACAUUAAUCAGAAGAGGAAGAACAUAGACAAGACAGGUAAACUGGAUCCUUACUUUGAGAUUUCUUCCCAAAGCAAAUACUAUCUGAGAGAUAACAUUUCUCUUCAUUUUUGCUUCAAGUACAAAAGGUUCAGUUGUCUAUUUAUGGGCCAGCUACAGCAGUGUUAUUUAUGUAGAGAAGAUGCUUGCAUGGUAGUAAUUCCUUUUUAAUCCUCCCCCCUUUUUUUGCAAUAUAAAAAAAAUCAAGUGGAAGAAAAGGCAUAAUUGAAAAGGUCAUUCCAAAGGGGGGAAAAACCUAUUAUGUUUUAAAGCCAUCAGAGAAGACUAACAUCAAUGCAGCUGCUUUCCAUAUGUCUUGUGAAGAUCCCCCUGCGUUCCAGACAAUGCUUCUGCUGCCCCAGAGGAAAAUCAAUUCCAUUUAAACAUCUUAGCUCUUUUAAAACUGCAUAAAGGACUGUCUCAUCCUGUCUGAUGAUUUCAGGCAAAUGUUAGCUUUAUGUUAGUGGAAGGAAGGUGUGGGAAUAUUUUGAAUAAAUAUCUAAAUCAUUUGAACUAAUUGAAUCACUUAAGUGACUAACUUAAAAAAUUCAAAAAUGUAACUAUCCAAUAUACAUACAGGAGUACUACAGAUUUUUCUUAGGUCUGUUUUCUUCUUCUUGUUAUUGGGUUGACAGAGACAUUUGGUGCCUUAUCACUCUGUCAUAUUUCUUAAGUGAUGCUGAAUAUGCAUAUUUUUUAUCUUGGUCUCCAUUGUACACAUGAUUGUGCAUGGACUGAAGUAACGUUGAAAGUAUUGGAGUACAGUACCAAGCUAAUAAAUCACAGAGUAGAAGGUUGUAAUGCAGCAUAUUUGCAUAAAAUUUGACCACAUAGAUACAAUAUAUUGAGUUCAUCAUAAAUCUAAUGUGAGGGAUUUGGGAAUAAUAGUUAAAUACACAAACCCAAAUCUCAGUUUCUAUAUCUGUGGUUUUUGUAUCUGUAGCAUGCACAUGUUAGGGAGUUGUGUAAAACCGUAAUCCUAAUUCUUUGUUUUUUCCCUCCUAGUAGAGACUAUUUGCUGCCAUGUGAUCUCAUCUGCACCAACUUGGGACUACUCUAAUUUGUGGCAGAUUCAAGCAGCUACUAGGGAUGUAGUGUCAGAGAAAUGUGGCUGGCCACAUUCCUCUGGCCAUUUCUACAUUCAUUUAUUUUAGGUAGAACAAACACACAUUGUUGUACGCAAUGUUAUAUUUUUCUUAAGUGUGUUUGCUUCAGUAGAGUAGCAGUAUCACUAUCAUUAGCAACAGAGGAUCCCUUUUGCACAGCUUCUUUUGAGAGUCCUUUUGAGGUGAGUAGAUACCUGACCAACCUGAUGGCAUGCUUAUUAUUGCACUUUCUUAGAGGGAGAAAGGGUCUUUAUGGAAUAAGAAGCUGUGUGUUUUAAUAUCCUUUGUUGUGAGAUAACCUGCAGGAAAGUAUCCUGUUGUUCUAGUGCUGUAUUUUUAAAAAGUGAUUUCCCACCUUAAAUAAAAUCCUAUGCUUUAGGAUGAUCUUUUACAAACUGCAUUAGAAAAACACUAGUUUCCUAAUGUUCAGGUCAAUAUAACAUAUUAAAAGAAAUCUGGGGGAAAAGUAACUUCUUCUUGUAUGCUCAUUUUUAAAUGCCUUAAAAGUUUAUAAGAGUUGAUGCUGCUAGAUGACUGAGUCUCAGUUAUCUUACAUUGAUUGUUGUCAUCUAAAACAUGUUAGAUUUUCAUGAAGACUUUCUGUAAGUUUAAAUUGAAUUUUGAAAUUUAUUAAAAAUGCUAAAUGAA